AUGACGAGCAAGGCGGGAGAUAGAGAAGUCGGUAAGGUAGGGAGUAGAGAUUUGAGACAGCGAAAGUUGGUAACUGAGGAGAAAUCGAAUGGUAAAAAUGUCUCAUUUAGGUUAGAGGAGUCGGGAGGGACGAGGAUAGUAGACUGGGAAAGAGAGCGAGAGAAGAUGAGAAGAGAAUGGAAAGAAGAGGUAAAGGAACUGAAGGAGGAGAUAAAGAAGUUAAAGGAGGAAUUACAUAAAACGAAGAACAAAGAGAAAAUAUGGGACGAAAGAUUCUGCGAUGUGGUAGAGAGAAUGGAAAAUGUUGAAAAAUGGAAGGAGGAGGUCAGGAAGGAGUUCAUAGGAGAAAAGGAGGAAGAGGAACUGAGAAGCAGCGAAGGAGAAAGUGAAAGAGGAGGAAGCAGCAGAGCAUCCAGAAUAAGAGAAAUGGAUUAUGUAUGCUUAAUAGAAACAUGGUUGGAGGAGAAAGGAUGGGAAAGAAUUAGGAAGAGAUUACCAACGACACAUUCAUGGGAUUGCAGCUUUGCGAUUAGAGAGAAGAAGAGGGGUAGAGCAAGAGGAGGUUUUAUUGUAGGAAUAAAUAAAGAGUGGGGAAAAAAGCAGCUAAAAGUAAAAUGGUUAGAAGAAGAAGGGAUGUUAGUAACAAAAGUCAAGAACAAAGAAGAUAAACGGUGUUUUAUAAUAAUAGGGAUAUACGCAAGAAACUGGGUUACAACAAGUAACAUGAUAGAGAGGAUAGUGGAGGAAAAUAAAGGAGAAUAUAUAAUAAUAGGAGGAGACUUUAAUGCAAGAACUGGUACGGAGGGAGGGAAUGAUGAAGAAGGAUGGGGAGUAGUACGCAAAAGCAAAGACAAAGUAGUUAACAAUAGAGGGAGGGAAUUCAUAGAUUUAGUAGGAGAAAUAGGGGGAAACAUUAUGAAUGGAACAAUGAAAGGGAAUAAAGAAGGGAAUAAAGAAGGGGAAUUCACAUAUGUAGGAGAGAGGGGUAGCUCAGUAAUAGACUACGUAGUAAUAAGCGAAUAUUGUAGAGAAAUUGUAAACGAUUUUAAAAUCGUAGGACGAUCGGACUCGGAUCAUAUGCCCCUGGUCUUGAAGGUGAAGAGGAACACAGGAAAAGAGAAGAAGAAGAAGACAGAAGAGAAGAAAGAAGAAAGAUGGAGGUGUAGGUGGAAAGAAAAGGAUAUAAAGGAAUAUAAGGAAAGGACGAAUGAGACGGAACCGAAAGGAGAGAUAAUAGAGGAGGUAACAAUAGAAGAAAAAUGGAAGGCGCUAAAGGAGUUGGUUCUCGAGGCUAUGACAAAAAUAAAAGUAAAAGAAGGAAAGAAAAGGAGACUAGGAUACAAGGAAUGGUGGGACAAAAGUUGUACAAGGAGGAAAAAGAUAGCCCACAGAAUUUACAGAGGUUGGAGAGUGGGAAAGCUAAACAGAGAGAGAUUUAUAGAGGAAAGAAGGAAGUAUAGAGAACACAUGGAAGAAAAGAAGAGAAAGUGGAAAGCGAAAGAAGAAGAAGAACUGAGGAAGUUGAAGAACGAGGCGGAGGUAUGGAAAGUAAUAAAUAGGAAAAGAGGAAAAGGAAAUUGGAUAGGAAAUGAGAUAAGUAAAGAGGCAUGGACAGAACAUUUUAGAAAACUAAUAGGAGGAGAAGAAGAGGUCCCAGAAGAGGAAAAGGAAAGAAGAGGAGCAGAGGAGAAGAAACAAGCAAAAAAACAAGAAGUAGAGGAAACGGACGAAGAAGAGCUGAAGGAGGUAGAAAUAAUUACGGCAAUAAAUAGAUUGAAGAAAGGAAAAGCAGCAGGUAUUGAUGGGAUUCCGAUGGAAGCCUGGAAAUACGGAGGAUCAAAAGUAAGAAAAAGAUUUGUGAAUUUAGUAAAGGAAAUCUGGAAAGAGAAAGAGAUUCCGGAAGACUGGAAGAAAAGUGUAAUUGUAACAAUUCACAAGAAAGGGGACACGGAGAAAGCGGAAAAUUAUAGAGGAGUAGCGCUGUUAUGUACGGCCUACAAGAGAAAAGCUUUGGGAACUGAUGGAGGAGUGGAGCAUAAACGGAAACAUAAUCGACAGGUUGAAGGAAGUAUACAAAAAAACGAUGGCAACAAUCAGGACGGGAGAUGGACUAACAGAGGAGUUCAAGACAAGAAAAGGACAAAGAAUAAAGAAGCCAUGGUGGAUAUGAUGGGAACGCUAAGGAGAUUUCUAAAAGACAGAAAACUAGUUUUAAACGUGGAAAAAUCGAAAAUUAUGGUUUUCAAUAGUGGAGGGAGAGAGAAGAAAAGAAAAUGGACAUGGGAAGGAAAGAAAAUAGAAGAAGUACAAAAAUUUAAGUAUCUAGGCUUCACGUUUAACAAAAGAGGGGAUUAUACGAGUCACAUAAAAGAGCUAAGGAGAAAGGGAAGGAUGGCGGCAAAUAUAGUAUGGGGUAUAGGCGAAAGGAUGUGCAAAAACGAUUUUUCGAGGCGAUGGAUUUUAUUUAGAUACUUGGUAGAAAGCGUGAUGGUAUACGGAGUAGAGAUAUGGGGAUGGGAAGAAAGGAAAGAGUUAGAAAAGAUACUUUUGGAUUAUAUGAGAUGGAUGUUCAAAUUAGAUUUUUGUACGCCAAGAUAUUUAAUAACGAAAGAGUUAGGUUUAAGAAAGUUAAAAGGAGAAUGGGGAAUUAGAGCAAGAAAAAAUGGCUGGGGAGUAAUAGCGAUUAAUGACAUGCCAAGAUCGAAGAGAAAUCUAAUAGAGGAGCUAAGAGAAAGAGAAAGAGAUGUACAAGCGCAAGAAGAAGAAAGCAGAAUAAAAGAAGCGAGGUAUAAUAAAAAAUACAAGGAAUUCAGAAAAGAAAAUGGUGUACCAAGAUACAUAGAAGAAGGAUUAGAAAGAGGAGAUAAAAGAGAAGAAGGAAUAAGGGCUUUAAUUAGAUUAAGAUGCGGAAACAUGGAAAAUGAUAAUAAAUACUGGUUAGAGGAGGAAAAUAGGAUUUGUAUAUUUUGUAAGGAGGGGAAAGACAAUAUGGAGCAUUUUACAAGUGAAUGUAAGGUAAUAGGUGAUUGGUUUGUAGGAUUAGGAGAGAAUAUAUGUUUGUCAGAUUUGGUUUACAUUGGGCAUCCUAAUGCGGACACAGUAGGAUACGGUUUUGACGACGUUUGCCGGACGCAAGCUACCUUGUCCGCUUCUGGCCGGUCCGCCGAGCAGAAGCUCCCUGGGUUGACAAAGAGAUCAAGCGCCUCGGUCUCUGUCAAGACACUUGGCUCUCAACCGCCUCCGAUACCGAUUCCGACUCCGCUUCCUGACUCGCCGCAACAGACUCAAGUAAACUUGGGCCCCGUCAAGACACUUGACGCAGGGCGAUCCUUUCAGCCUCCCGAGUCCGACGCUACCUUGCGUAAGGGGGUACGGUGCUCCGUGCCUCCACCAAGCGCACUCGGAGUGGGGUAG